UUUGGGCUUUCUCGCGAGAUCUGACAAUAGCGCGCGAAUAAAACAGGACGAGGGAAUGAUAGUAGAGUACGAGGAGGAACUUUCUUCAACAAAACAACAUCAACUACUGGACGCUGUUCUCAAGAAACAUCAACUUGUCUUACUCAGUACAGACAUCCAUCAGCUGAUUGGACAUCAAGAAACAUGUCUCCCUCCUCUGCUGGGGGCCAGCUUCACUUUGGAGUGUGACUAUCCACAGCCCCCCCAUGUAAAAGAAGAAGAGGAUCCACAGCCCCCUAAUAUUAAAGAGGAAAGGGAGGAUACACAGCAUCCCCAAGGUAUGGAAGAAGAGGAGCAUUUACAGUCCCCCUACAUUCAAGAAGAAGGGGAGAGAGAGUCUCUUCUAGGGCAGGAGGAGGCUGAUCUCACCAAGUUUCCACUGACUCUUGUCUCUGUAAAGACCGAAGACCAUGAAGAGAAACCACCUGAGUCCUCACGGCUUCAUCACAGUCCAAAUGUCUGUGAAGAACAUCUCCCUGAGCAGCAGGAGUGGACCUCCAGGAUGAAGCAGGAGGAGCCACAGCCCCCCCACAUCAAAGAGGAAGAGGUGGAGCCUCAAGACCCGCACAUUAAAGAAGAAGAGGAGGAACAUAGCAUCAGUCAAGAGGAAAAGCAUAUUGAAGAACUGGAGAAAGUUGAUGUCCCCAAGAUGCCAUUGACUGGUGUCACUGUGAAGAGUGAAGACGAGUUCAAAGGUGAUGAUAAAGAUUCUAAAGGUGAUAUUAAGACAUGUGACACUGACCACACACACUUUCAAUGCUCUCACUGUGACAAAACUUUUAAUCGCCAUCAUAAAAUGAAAAGACACAUGAAAAUACACAGUGGGGAAAGAGAUUUUUCCUGUUCAAUCUGUAGUAAAGGUUUUACACGAAAGGGUCAUUUGAAAAGACACAUGAGAACACACAACGAGGAAAAAGAUUUUCCCUGUUUAAUCUGUGGUAAAGGUUUUACACAAAAAGAUAAUUUGAAAAGACACAUGAGAACACACAGCGAGGAAAAAGAUUUUCCCUGUUCAAUCUGUAGUAAAGGUUUUACACAAAGAGAUUUGAAAAGACACAUGAGAACACACACUGGAGAAAAACACAUUUCCUGUUCAAUCUGUGGUAAAAGUUUUAGAAAUAAUGCUUAUCUGAAAACACACAUGAAAAUACACAGUGGGGAAAAGGAUUUUUCCUGUUCAAUCUGUGGUAAAGGUUUCACAGCAAAGAGUAAUUUGAAAAGACACAUGAGCACACACAGCGAGGAAAAAGAUUUCCCCUGUUCAAUCUGUAGUAAAGGUUUUACACAAAGAGAUUUGAAAAGACACAUGAGAACACACACUGGAGAAAAACACAUUUCCUGUUCAAUCUGUGGUAAAAGUUUUAGAAAUAAUGCUUAUCUGAAAACACACAUGAAAAUACACAGUGGGGAAAAGGAUUUUUCCUGUUCAAUCUGUGGUAAAGGUUUCACAGCAAAGAGUAAUUUGAAAAGACACAUGAGCACACACAGCGAGGAAAAAGAUUUCCCCUGUUCAAUCUGUGGUAAAGGUUUUACAGCAAAAUGUGAUUUGAUAAGACACAUGAGAAGACACACUGGAGAAAAACCGUUUUCCUGUUCAAACUGCAAAAAAAGCUUUUCGGAAAGAUCAACGCUUGUACAACACAUGAGAAGACACACUGGAGAAAAACCAUUCAUUUGCUCAGUUUGCGAUAAAAGAUUUUCUACCAAGAAAAAUUUGAAAAGACACACGAAAAUACACACUGAUCCUUUCGUCUGUUUAAAAUGCAGCAGAAGCUUUUCUGAGCAAGCCAACUUUGUACUGCACAUGAGAAUACACAAUGGAGAAAAACCAUUCAAGUGCUCUUACUGUGCCAAAACGUUCCAAUAUGGUGGUCAUCUGAAAAAGCACACAAGAGUACACACGGGCGAAAAACGCUUUUUCUGUUCAAUUUGCUUUAACGGUUUUUCAGAAAAUAAAGAUUUUCAAAAACACAUGAGAACACACACUGGAGAAAAACCUUUCGUUUGCUCCGUUUGCGGAAAAACAUUCUGUGUGAAGCAAAGUUUGAAAAUACACACAAGAGUACACACUGGUGAAAAACCUUUUUCCUGUUCAAGGUGCAACAAAAGCUUCACUUUUCGAGCAAACCUUCUGGUACACAUGAGAAUACACACUGGAGAUAAACCAUUCAUGUGCUCAAUUUGCAAUAAAAGAUACAUCCGAAAGGAAGACUUGGUAAUACACACAAGAAGGCAUACUGGUGAAAAACCCUUUAUCUGUUCAGUGUGUGGUAGAGGUUUUGCACAACAUGCCUAUUUGAAAAAACACAUGAGAAUACACUCUGGAAAAAAACCAUAUUCCUGUUCAAGGUGCAAUAAAGGUUUUACUGAACGACAAUCGCUUGUAAGACACUUGAGAACACACACAGGAGAGAAAGAACCGGAGUAAGAAACAGUGUGCUGGUGAGAACAGCAAAUGAAGCUGCAGGAUUUGAAAUAAACUGUCAUAACGCUGACGUUUUAACAUCACCACUUAUAUCAUGUGUGACACAAUCAUGUCAAUAUGCUUCCACCAUUUCUAGAUUACAUUUUCUUUGUUUUGUAUUUUACUUCCAGUCAAGUACAUGUAUUAUUAUUAUUAGUUCUUCCUACUCCUUUUUUGGACAUAUUGUAAUGAGAAAUUGUGUAUAUGGGACAUAUACACUGUAGCUACUCUACAUGCAUGUUCAAAAUAAACUAAUACCGAUG